AUGGCGCAGGAUGUUCUUAGAUGUGAAUUAUGCUUAAACGUUGAAUUCAAAUCGGAAGCAGACGCUUUUUGUAACACUUGUAAUGUGAAUCUGUGUGAGACCUGUGUCGGUCAUCAUAUCAUAUCGAUGCCUUCAUUGAAGCAUAAUGUAAUGACUCUUUCAAGUCGAAAAUGUGAUUUCAAAAUCCCUGUUUGUUCUCAUCAUUCAAGGCAAAAUUGUGAGCUCUACUGUCAAAAUUGUGUAUCCCCUGUUUGUGUUGAAUGCAUAGCAUCUGGGUCACAUAAAUUUCAUGAUAUUGAGGAAAUCAACGAGGUAUAUAAAUCUAAAAGACUAAAUGCAGAGAAAGAUAAAUUUGAAUUACAAAAUUGCAUAUUACCAAAGUUUGACUCUAUCAUUGCUGAAAUUGAAUGCCUGAAUCAAGGACUUAGAGAACAGCAUACGAAUCGAAAAGUAGCAAUCACACAAUGUGGAAAAACUGCACAUGAAGUUCUGGAUAAAGUGAUUGAGAAAUAUUUAACAGAGGCAGACACGCUUGAAUUAGAAGAUAUCAAAUCGGUAGCAAUACUAAGGCAUGUUUUUCAUCAUUUGAAAUUAAAAAUAGAGUCAGAAUUAAACGGUCUGCAAAAUAUUAUGUUGGCAAGAGAUUUCAGCAAAUUGCAGUGCUACUCAUCAAAAGUUGAAGAACUAAGAAUAGUACCAUCUCGUUUUCAGUUAAAAGUACCUGCCUUUCAAAUGUGCAUGCUUUCUGAAGAUAAACUUCUUAAAGAAAUCGGAAGUCUAUCACCGUCUCUUAAAACUGUUAUUCCAACGGAGGCCCUUAAAUGUAAUCAUGAACUAAAAUUAUUUGAUAAAAAUGUUGGAAAAAAAUUUUGCCAAAUUCCAAAAUUACUUGCUGUUAUUGAUACUGGUUUCCAACACACUCUCAGAGAACAUUGUUCCAGAACAUUUGACAAGUUUUAUGUCAGUGGGGAUGCAGAAUUUAUCAGACUUCUAACAUUCAAAGGUGAUAUUUCGGAAACGCUGACGACAAUGACCUGCAACAUCGUUACGGAUAUAACGGUAACUAAAGAUAAUGCCUUGGUUUACGCUGAUGGUAGAGAUCGCACCGUAAAUCUUGUUAAAGAUAAAAAAGCUGAAUGUAUCAUAAAACUAAAAGACUGGAAGCCAUGGUCAGUAACAAGUACAUCGAAUAAUGAACUUCUGGUAUCCAUGUGGACGGACAGUUUCAAAGAUAGCAAAGUUGUUCGUUUUUCAGGUUCUCUAGCAAUUCAGGAAAUUCAAUUUAGAGAAGAUGGAAAACCUUUAUAUCAUUAUCCUGCUUUUGUGGAAGAAAACGUCAAUUUAGACGUGAUAGUGUCUGACAUAAAUGAAAAUUGUAUCGUCGUUACAGAUAAACUGGGAAAGCUAAAGUUUGUUUACGAAGGGAAAUUUAAAUCCCAAAGGUUCCCAGAAUUUCAUCCCUUUGGUUUAGCUACUGACCGUAUCGGUAACAUUCUCAUUGCAGACAGUGAUAACCACGUUAUACAUAUCAUCGACAAAAAUGGGAUUUUCAUAAAAUACUUAGAUGGCUUUAAUUUGAAAGAGCCAUAUGACAUAAGUAUCAAUGACAAUGACAAUCUUAUUGUUGUGGAAUACAAAACAGGAAAACCUAAAAUUCUCAAGUACAUCGAGUAUGCGUAA